AUGGGAAUUCUCGACAAGAAGCCUCAGGCCGAGGCGUACGAAGCUGCCACGGCCGAGGCGCCUCAGUUUGAGCAUGUUGAGUGGAGGAAAGACCCUGGCCUCCGCAAGCUGUACUUCUAUUGUGUUAUUCUCUGCGUCGCCUCUGCCACCACCGGAUACGAUGGCAUGUUCUUCAACAGUGUGCAGAACUUUGAAGUGUGGAAAGACUUCUUCGGACAUCCAGAGGGAUCGACGCUGGGUCUCCUCGGUGCCCUUUACCAGAUUGGUAGCUUGGUUUCUAUCCCGUUGGUUCCACUCUUCACCGACAACGUUGGCCGCAAGAUCCCCAUCGCCAUUGGCUGCGUUAUCAUGAUUAUCGGCUCGAUCCUACAAGGAAGUUGCCAGAACAUUGGCACGUUUAUGGGUGGCCGUGUCCUUCUAGGCUUCGGAAACAGUCUGGCUCAGAUUGCGUCUCCCAUGCUUCUUACCGAACUGUGCCACCCCCAGCACCGUGGACGUCUCACCACGGUCUACAACUGCCUGUGGAAUGUCGGCGCCCUGUUGGUUGCUUGGAUCUCGUUUGGUACCGCCUAUACCAAGAACGAGUGGUCGUGGCGUAUUCCGGCUCUGCUGCAGGCCCUUCCCUCGGUGAUCCAGCUCGUCUUCAUCUACUGGGUACCCGAGUCACCCAGAUACCUAAUGGCCAAGGACAAGCACGACAAGGCGUUGGAGAUCCUCGCCAAGUACCACGCCAACGGGAACAAAAACCACCCCACUGUGCUUUUUGAGUACCGCGAGAUCAAGGAAACGAUCCGUUUGGAAAUGGAAGUCAAGACAAACAGCAGCUACGCCGACUUCUUCCGGACCAAAGGCAACCGUUACCGCUUCGUGGUCCUCUUGUCUCUCGGCAUCUUCAGCCAGUGGUCUGGCAAUGCCAUCAUCUCCAACUAUUCCAAUCUGCUGUACACGACGGCCGGAGUCACGGACGAGACGGCCAAGCUUGGUCUCUCUGCUGGUCAGACCGGGCUAUCCCUCAUUGUCUCGCUCACCAUGGCUCUGCUGGUUGACAAGGUCGGGCGUCGGCCCAUGUUCCUCGCCGCCACGGGUGGCAUGUUCGUGACAUUCGUGCUUUGGACGCUGACUUCGGGCCUGCACGACGAGUACAACUCGCCCGGCGCCGGCCAGGCCAUGAUCUUCUUCAUCUGGGUUUUCCAAAUCUGCUACUCGCUCGCGUGGUCCGGUCUUCUUGUCGGCUAUGCCAUCGAGAUCUUGCCGUACAAGCUGCGCGCUAAGGGUCUCAUGAUUAUGAACGUCUCGGUGCAGUCGGCGCUCACGCUGAACACGUACGCAAACCCGCUCGCGUUCCAGUACUUUGAUGGACACAGCUGGAAGUUCUACCUCAUCUAUACGUGCUGGAUCUUCCUCGAACUCGUCUUUGUCUACUUCAUGUACGUCGAGACAAAGGGCCCUACGCUCGAAGAGCUUGCCAAAGUCAUCGACGGCGACGAGGCCGAGGUUGCCCACGUGGAUAUCCACCAGGUCGAGAAGGAGGCGCAGAUCAACGAGGAGAGGGUUGCCUAG